CAUCGGGCAUUGGUCAGCGACACGCUUAUGAGCAAUGCCCGACUAACCACGCCACUACAACACGACACUGACCUAAUCCGGGCCGAAUUGUGUUCGCUGUCGUCGGUUUGUAUCUUGUGCAUGAUUUCAGACAUAGGGUACGGAAAUUGGUGAAAUGAGUGGCGAACCUAAUCUCUACCGGAAGCAUGCAUUAGGAAGAGGGCGGACGGAUGAUGAUGAUAGAAGCGUGAUGCGUUUCUGCUGCGAGCGGGUGUUUGUUUGGUGUGUUGUGCCGCAAAUUGCUGGAGCGAAGUGCUCGGAGGACACCGAAGCCAGUGUCACCCUCAGACAAUCUUCAUCUGCCAGGGUGCAACUGCGUGGAGUUCGCUCAAGAAGCGGUCCCAGACAGCAAGAGAUAGCUCGGGGGGACAAGAUUCUCCGUGGACUAUCUAUUUACUACCCGCACUGCAUGAACAACAACAUCGAUCCAAGCUCUGGAGUCCGCGCUGACCCUAAUCACGUUCUUUUGGGAUUAUAAUACAGUUCGACAUGGCGCUUCAGAUAAGUGGACAUGACGGUGUCCAAUGGCUCUACACGUUCCGACCGCCCCUCUGCCUCGAAGAUUCCCAACUUGGCGCGCAUGACGAUGGCGACGGGCUCAUUGCACCUUCCCCACACAAUCCAUUGACGCAUUUUCAGAUUUGCCACUUUAGUCAAUUCCACUUUUCAAGUCAAGAGUUUCAGAUACAUUCUCAGAUUAUCAUUUUCAGUAUAAGUUUGUUCAGACUUAGUAUUUCACACCAUGAUAAUACUCCGUGGACGAGGGGAACAAGGCACAAGAAGUCAAUUUAAGACAUGAUGAUUUUACAUUUUAGCAAUGUCCGAAAGCACAUAUCAUUAUUUUAUCG